UGCUCCUCGGUCCAUCGUUUUACAGCUCUGUCUCCUCUUCAACUGGAAGUAGGAGAGGUAGAACUGUCGAUAAUUAAUUUUGAAGUUGUCGGUUCAGAUUGGUUCGGCAUAACCCGUCCAGCGCCGUCUAAUCGGUUAUUUUGCAAAUAAUUGUCGUCGGUAAAUUGUCGUCGGUGGUCGUGGUCGAUAGACAAAAUAUUCUGAUAAUUUCUUCCUCGACUUCUAAUAAUAAUCCAUCGGUUCUUCGUUGGGUUGCAUUCGGUUUAAUUUCCAGUCGUUUUUCCUCCUUGACCUUUAUCAUUUUCUGUUCGUCUUCGCAUCAUCUAUCAAAGUCUGUACUUCAUCCGCAUCAAGAUCCGUUUCCCUUCCCUUGCAGGACCCAUCAUCUCGCACUACAUCACAAAAUUACACAAGGACCCGUCGUGAUGUUGGCUCCACAACUUCCAUCUCAAACUCAAUCACUUAUUAUUUCCUCGUUUUGUUCAUUUUUUUUGCAUCAUAUUGCACCCGAUGACUUACUUUUUCAAGUUGUUAGAGUAUGCCUAAGCAUGUCUUAAAUUUCAUCAAAAUAUGCCUGCGCAAGAACCUGUUCUAAAUUACAUCUCAUCCCUUCGUUCAAGUCGGAGUAGUGGCAGGGUCGUGGUUCAUCUCCUCCAGAGAGUCCAACCCCUCUUCCCCGUGAGAACUGAGAAGAGAGAAGAAAUAGAGUAGUCGUAUUAAGAGCAUCAGCAUCUUCAAAACCAGGUCCAGGCACCGAGGAAGUACGGACGCGCCGGCCGGACAACAGCGCAAUCAGCAGCAGGUAGAACAAUACCCCACUGCAGUACAACAGAUGGUUCUGACAACGCGGCACUGUAGAGGACUCUCCACUUGUACUUUCGACAUGAGCGGCGCCCAUGAUGGAGGGAUAUCAAGAAUCGCCGGCGCAAGAAAUAAGAUGCUGAUGCUUCUGGUUGUGAGGUUGUUCCUGCAGUGUACAACAAUUUUGCUCCUGCUCGAGCAUGGUACCGUAUUGGCGCUGAAACACACGGAGAAAAACAUGCACGAAAGGACCGGCUUAGCCACUGCGACUGCUACUACGAAAACAUCCGAAUCGGAAGCCACCUCCACCGCGGAAUCAGAAUCCCACUCCGAAUCUGCCAAAACCACAGAGGCUGAGGCUGAAUCGGAAUCCCACUCCGAAUCUGCCAAAACCACGGAGGCUGAGGCUGAGGCGGCCAAGAAGGUGGGUUUAUCCCAGAACCAAGCUACACACCAGACGGGUGCCCACACCGGCGUCUCUGACUCGGUCCUCUCCUGCGGGGCUUGCUUGGGGCGUAAGGCCUCGUGCGCCGAAAUUUCCGAGCAAGGCGGGAGCGAUUUGUCGGAGGAGCACCGGAACCUGCUCUGUAGCAAAAAUUACGGCGACAAUGCCGUCUGGAAUGACAAAAAGACGGUCGAGUUGACCGAACUGGACGACUUGAUCGGGACAAUAUCCGAGUGCACAAGAACUGCUCUCCCCCUCGUCCCCCUCAUUUUUUGCAAUGCAAAAUAGAUACCAAUGCGUCCAAAUCUGGUCGUGCCUCUAAGCGCAGUCUGCAUGGCGACAAAUUUUGGAGCCUCUGCCCCUUCAAACAGUUCUACAGAAUUCGCGUGUAGUAGAUAAGAUUUGUCAUACGAGAGCCACCUAGUUUCUGGUGUCGCUGGUUGUGUUGCUACUCAUCGGCCAUUCAAAUGAGGGGGAGCAGGCGGGGGCGGACUUGUGCACUGUCAUAGAGAGUGAAAAAGAAAGACUAUCGAGCACUCGCGAAGGCUUGCUGCUCGGCCACGGCGGCGGCCUCUUCUUCAUCCUCGUCGUUUAUGCAUUGUAGAAAAGGAUUAGGAUUGUCACGCACAGUCACAGGGUCGAAAUUGUACUUGUACCGUAGGGAAAAACUAGAGGUUGUUGACCAACAGACCUCCGAAAAAUGCAGAAGCAGUCAAGAAGUAGUACUCAAUGUUCUCUACUUUCACCGGCCAGGGAGUAUGAUAUGAAAGCACCCACGUGGACGGGUUGGGAGAUAAUCACGAUGAAACUUCUAUAAAUCUAGCAUGUAAAAGUUGAUGUCUUCUACUUCCUUAUCCUUGUAGUUGCGAGGUUGAUAUGGCUACCUGAAUUGAUUUUUUUCUCUCGUGACAGCGACCCUGGUGAUAUGAUGACAAUGCGUUGAUUUUCGUGGUGCAUAGAUUCCUCCAGCAGUUCGUCGUUUCUCGAGAACCAGCAGGCGGUCACGAAGCAGGAGGUGAACAGGAAGCUAUGAGAAUGAAAAGCGUGUCCCAUCUACGUCCCAUACAGCGAAAUGAAAUUGUUUGUGAUGCAAAUGAGUCUCCACGACGUUUUGAAGAUGCAUGAAGACUUUGCUCUCGUCGCCUUACAUAGAAGGAAAAAUGCGUCGAGGACGCGUUUUUUCUAUUUUCUCGUGGUCGUGAAGAUGCCGUUGCCGUUCGGGCGUACUUAGGCAUACUAGGUUCUACCAGCUCAUCCCACAUCAAUGACAAAUGUUCUUGCCUUUACAAGUGUGAAGCGGGAGCCCACCAACGAACAACACGGUAAAUUCUUCCUCUACAUUUGAAAAAAGGGAUUUGCAUUUGUGCUGAGCAUUUUGAAUUUCGAUUCCGGGGAAGGUGGGGCGCUUUUGUUCCUUUCGAUACUAUAUCAGAUGCAAAAAUGUCUGGGUCUGGAAGAGUGCGCCACUUGUCAUGCAGCUUUUCCAUGACCCAUGAGGCUUGGAAUGCAGGACCCAGCAUGACAGAUUCUGUGCGAUCUCUCUCAUGCCUGUCCUGCAUGAGAAACUCCCUCCCGACUUGGUCAAAACUGGACGACUCUUGGUAAUCAUGCAACACAGAUUUUUGCAUGCUUCAGAUUUUGCAUGACAAGUUGCAUUCUUCCAGACCCAGACACUUUUACAUUUGAUAUACUACCAGCAGGAGAGUUACAACCACGAGAAGCCGGCGGAGUUUCUGCAUUGCUGCUAGGACUAUACAAGUGCACAACUCCCCCUCCCCCUCGAAAUAUUAGUAUUUGAAUAUUUAUUUGGUUACCAAAUAGCGCGCUUCUAUGUCACCAAAUAAUGCGCUUGUAUGUCAUCAAAUCGCGCACAUUUCGACCCCAAAUGCGGAGCGUUUGCGUUGCUUUUUGUGCGACCAAAAGCGUCGCAAAAGUUUGCACUCUCUCGCUAUGCUGUGAAAGCUAAUCGCGAUGGUUUAGGCUCGCUCUCCCUCACCAAAGCUGUCCACUUCCCCUCAUGAGGGGGAGUGGGCCCAUAGCAUCGCGAUUAGCGAUCAAAGAGUAAUAUUUUUUGAGCUCAUUUCCGAGGUCCCUAAAAAGUCCCUGAUUUGACGACGCAAAGCCUCAUGAUUUGGCGAGCAUUUGCCAGAUGAAGUUUGGCAACUUAUCAAGUUACACGCAGAAGAACGCCCGGCCUUCUCUUUUGGUUGCUGCCGUUUCCUUGUUCAUUCCUGACGCAGUCAUCUGGCCCCGAUUUCUGCGCCAGAUGUGCGGAGAUCACAGGCCUCGUCCUCGACUCGACCGGUCAAAGGCGUGAAGGCGCUCCGGAAGCGCGGGCUUUUGCUUCGCGUUUGCUGCCACCAAACGCAACAUAAUCGCUGCGAGCUUGGAGGCGAAAUGUGCGCGAUUUGAUGACACAAAAGCGCAUCACUUGGCAACAUACAAACGCAUUAUUUGGUAACCAAAAAAAAUUUGAUAUAUUAUGAAAUAGUAAUAUUUUGAGGGGGAGGGGGAGUUGUGCACUGUUAUACUACCAGACGGAGAGUUACAACCACGAGAAGCCGGCGGAGUUUCUGCAUUGCUGCUAGUACGACGACGGUGUCCGAAGAAUGUGGAGUCUGGGGGGUGAGCACGAAAAUAAGAAGACCAAUAUCGAAGCUGCGCGAUACUACCACCAGCACCACUUCCACAGAUUAUUUGUACCUGUCUUGAGACGUCGGCCUCAUCCACAUUAUUUACUUUUUUGUUUUCUUUUUACCUUUAAUUUUGUUUUCAUAGCAUGUUUACAUAACCACCUUAACCAGUCCUUUAACUUGAAUAUUUUGCACCAUUUCAACAUUCACAUUUCAAACUAGAAGUACCGCAAUUCUUAAACGUUUUGGCAUCAAAGAAAAGAAAUACUGAGAACUGUAGUAGAAUGCCGAUAAAAUUAAAAUACACCGACCACGUAAGUAAAGAACAACCAGAACAGAAGCACUAGUAAAGAGUUUCGUGAACAAGUUGUGCAGACGAGGGGUAACAAUUUCUUUCUGCACGCAGGAGCGCGACAACAAGAAGUACUACACUAUUUUAUUCGCCCAGAGAAGAACGAGAGGGCUUCUUUUCUGCAAAAGGAAAUGCG